AUGGAAAUUGUUUCGAAUGCAGGCUCACCGAUAAAGACGCGAAUUGAGGAUGGCGUUGUGUAUUCACCUUUCCCGUCUUGUGAUAUCCCGAAGUGUUCUUUCUACGCAAUCGCAAGUGACCAACUGAAGACUUCUCCAGAAAAAAUUAUGUUGGUGGACGAUUCACGAGCUUUGACACGCGCCGAAUGCCUGAUUCAGAUGCAGCGCUACGCCGCGGGGUUCCAAGCUCACGGCAUCCAACCCGGCGAUCACGUUUGUUUACACUUGGACAAUAGCAUCGAUAACUACGUCGCCAUGUACGGAUGUAUUUUCGCCGGAGCAGUGGUCGUCUUGGCAAAGGCCACUCUGACGGAAAGAGAACUCCAUUACCAAGUGAAAGACGCCGACGUUGUGCACAUAUUGACCGACCAAAAGUUUGUCCAAAAAGUUAGCAAUGUGCAUGCGGUGGCUCCGUUCAAGGGCCUCUUCGUGAUGGGGGUUGCCGAGGGGUUCGUGUCUGCCUCCAAGUUUUCCCACUGGAAGGAGUCAGAAUUCCAAGAGAUCCUUGUACCGGACCCGGAGCGCACCCUCAUGGCGCUGGCCUACACGUCGGGCACCACAGGGCUCCCAAAGGCCGUAGAAAUCACGCACUUCAACUACGUUGCUUCCUUCCACACUUACGGGCCGUUGUCCACCGCGAACGAAGCAGACGUUGCGUUGCUAUGGAAUCCAAUCACUCACGCAUCAGGGUUAUGGAGUAUCUUUGCGCCUCUGAUUGGAGCGACCUGCGUAAUUGCACCUCAUACCUUGUCGAUGGAAGGAUACGCCGAUUUGAUCGACAGAUUCAAGGUAACGGCUCUGACCUGUUUUCCGACGCGCCUUGGGAACCUGGUGCAGUACGCUCGGUCCGCCGACCGGAGGCUGAACACCUUGCUGCACAUCGGUGUCGGCGGUGGCGUGCUCUCGGUGCAGUUGGCAGAGCUGUCCUUGAGCACCUUCGGGAACCUUCGGAGCCUGAGGUAUAUUUACGGAAUGAGUGAAUCGAACGGGGCGAUCUGCGUUCCGCCCAGGGACGUCGUCUGUUACACUGACGUCGGAUGGCCUUGCGCCAUGGUGGAAAUUAAGGCGAUUUGCGACACCGGAUUCGUCGAGGAAGUUCAGUAG